UGUGGCCCUGAACACUGAGCUCACAUUGUCAAAAACAGAUUUGCCUGCAAUAGCCUAAAGGAGCCUCUUUCCAUAUCACCAUCCCAGAGGCAGGAAUCAUUGUGUCCGGUAAGAUGGGGGACACAGCGCCCCCGCAGGCCCCCGCAGGAGGGCUGGGGGGGGCCUCUGGGGCGGGGCUCCUUGGAGGGGGCUCAGUCACCCCUAGAGUGCACAGUGCUAUCGUGGAGCGUCUCCGGGCUCGUAUCGCCGUCUGCCGCCAGCACCACCUGAGCUGUGAAGGACGCUAUGAACGUGGUAGGGCUGAGAGCUCAGACCGGGAAAGAGAGAGCACCUUGCAGCUCCUGAGCCUUGUACAGCAUGGCCAAGGGGCAAGGAAGGCUGGCAAACACACCAAGGCCACCGCCACUGCAGCCACCACUACAGCCCCUCCACUGACCCCUGCUGCCCCUCCUACAGCCGCCCAAGCAGCAGCAACAGCAGCAGCCCCACCACCCCCACCAGACUAUCACCAUCACCACCAGCAGCACCUACUGAACAGUAGCAAUAAUGGUGGCGGUGGUGGGAUAAACGGAGAGCAGCAACCACCAGCUUCAACCCCUGGAGACCAGAGGAACUCAACCCUGAUUGCGCUCCAGGGUUCUUUGAAAAGAAAACAAGUAGUUAAUUUGUCUCCUGCCAACAGCAAGAGGCCCAACGGCUUUGUUGACAACUCAUUCCUUGAUAUCAAAAGAAUCCGUGUUGGGGAGAACCUCUCUGCAGGACAAGGUGGCCUCCAAGUAAAUAAUGGACAAAGUCAGAUUAUGUCAGGGACCUUGCCUAUGAGCCAAGCACCCCUGAGAAAGACAAACACUCUGCCACCCCAUACACAUUCUCCAGGCAAUAGUAUGUUUAACAUGGGCUUAAAGGAAGUAAAGAAGGAACCAGGAGAGACUCUAUCUUGCAGUAAGCACAUGGACAGCCAAAUGACCCAGGAGAAUAUUUUUUCUAAUAGAUUCGGUGAUGACCCUGGAGAGCAGCUGAUGGAUCCUGAGCUGCAGGAAUUAUUCAAUGAACUAACCAACAUAUCUGUGCCUCCCAUGAGUGAUCUUGAGCUGGAGAACAUGAUCAAUGCCACCAUAAAGCAGGAUGACCCAUUUAACAUCGACUUGGGUCAGCAGAGCCAGAGGAGCACUCCCAGGCCCUCCUUGCCCAUGGAGAAGAUAGUGAUCAAAAGUGAAUAUUCACCUGGCCUGACUCAGGGCCCCGCAGGCUCUCCCCAGUUGAGGCCCCCAUCAACUGGCCCCACAUUCUCCAUGGCCAACUCUGCCCUCUCCACUUCAUCCCCAAUUCCUUCAGUCCCUCAGAGCCAGGCUCAGCCUCAGACAGCCUCAGGAGCAAGCCGGGCCCUGCCAAGCUGGCAGGAAGUAUCCCAUGCCCAACAGCUCAAACAGAUAGCUGCCAAUCGUCAGCAGCAUGCCCGGAUGCAGCAGCACCAGCAACAGCACCAGCCUACCAACUGGUCAGCCUUGCCCUCUUCUGCUGGACCAUCCCCAGGUCCACCCUUUGGACAGGAGAAAAUCCCCAGCCCUUCUUUUGGCCAGCAGCCAUUCAGUCCACAGAGCUCCCCCAUGCCUGGGGUAGCUGGAAGCAGCAGUCAGUCAAAAGUGAUGGCUAAUUACAUGUACAAGACCAGCCCCUCAGCCCAGGGUGGGCACCUGGAUGUGCUCAUGCAGCAAAAGCCUCAGGAUCUCAGUCGAAGUUUUAUUAACAACCCACACCCAGCCAUGGAGCCCCGUCAUGGCAAUACCAAGCCUUUGUUCCAUUUUAACUCAGAUCAAGCAAACCAGCAGAUGCCUUCUGUUUUGCCUUCCCAGAACAAGCCUUCUCUCCUACACUAUACCCAACAGCAGCAACAGCAGCAGCAGCCACAGCAGCAGCAACAGCAACAGCAGCAGCAGCAGCAGCAGCAGCAGCAACAGAGCUCAAUUUCAGCUCAGCAACAGCAGCAGCAACAGCAACAGCAGCAGAGCUCGAUUUCAGCUCAGCAACAGCAGCAGCAGCAACAACAGCAACAGCAGCAGCAGCAACAACAGCAGCAGCAGCAACAGCCACCAUCCCAGCCCACUCAACCUCUAUCCAGCCAGCCUUUGAUAAGGCCACCCUUAUCACUUCAGCAAAAGAUCCUGCUUCAGAAAAUGCAAAAUCAACCCAUAACAGGACUGGGGUAUCAAGUCUCCCAACAACACAGACAGGAUCAACACUCUGUGGUAGGCCAGAACACAGGCCCCAGUCCAAGUCCCAACCCCUGCUCAAAUCCAAACACUGGAAGUGGUUACAUGAACUCCCAGCAAUCACUGUUGAAUCAGCAAUUGAUGGGAAAGAAACAGACUCUACAGAGGCAGAUCAUGGAGCAGAAACAGCAACUUCUUCUCCAGCAGCAGAUGCUGGUUGACGCGGAGAAAAUUGCUUCGCAAGAUCAGAUAAACCGACAUUUGACAAGGCCACCUCCAGAUUAUAAAGACCAAAGAAGAAAUGUGGGCAGUAUGCAGCCAGCUGCUCAGUAUUCUGGUGGUUCAUCAACAGUGAGUUUAAACUCUAAUCAGGCUUUGGCAAACCCAGUUUCAACACACACCAUCUUAACUUCAAAUUCCAGUCUUAUGUCUACUUCUCAUGGGACAAGAAUGCCAUCAUUAUCCACAGCAGUUCAGAACCUAGGGAUAUAUGGAAAUCUGCCUUGUAAUCAACCUGGCACAUACAGUGUCACUUCAGGAAUGAAUCAAUUGACCCAGCAGAGAAACGCAAACCAUUUGAUAGCAAAUCAAAACAAUGCUCUGAUGCCACGGCCACCUACCUUAGGGCCAAGUAAUAAUAACAAUGUAGCCACUUUUGGAGUGGGAGCUGUUGGCAAUUCACAACAAUUGAGACCAAAUAUAACCCAUAGUAUGGCAAGCAUACCAGCACAGAGAACAUCAAAUGUAAUGAUCACAUCCAACACAACAGCACCAAACUGGGCCUCUCAAGAAGCAGCAACCAAACAGCAGGAAGCCCUGAAGUCCACAGGAGUUCGCUUCCCUACAGGUACAGCUGCAGCCUAUGCCCCAAAUCAGUCAUUGCAACAGGCAGUAGGUAGCCAGCAAUUUCCCCAGAGGGCAGUGGCUCCUCCUAACCAGUUAACACCAGCAGUGCAGAUGAGACCCAUGAACCAAAUGAGCCAAACAUUAAAUGGACAAACCAUGGGUCCUCUCAGGGGUCUGAAUCUCAGACCCAAUCAGCUAAGCACACAAAUUUUGCCUAAUUUGAAUCAGUCAGGAACAGGGUUGAAUCAGUCAAGGACAGGCAUAAGCCAGCCACCUUCCCUGACAUCCAGCAAUUUUCCUUCACCUAAUCAAAGUUCCAGGGCUUUUCAAGGAACUGACCAUGGCAGUGACUUAGCUUUUGACUUCCUCAGCCAACAGACUGAUAACAUGGGCCCUGCCCUAAACAGUGAUGCUGAUUUCAUUGAUUCUUUAUUGAAGACAGAGCCUGGUAAUGAUGACUGGAUGAAAGACAUCAAUCUUGAUGAAAUCUUGGGGAAUAACUCCUGAAGGAGAAAGGGGAGACAAUUUUCAAACUUCAAGCACUAAGAGGCAGUAUUUUACAAGGACUCUGAAAAGACCAAACUGUUGACUUUCAAA